GUCCUUGGUCUUGAGUUGGGAUUCCUUCGUCACACGAAAAGUCCAAGGACAAGAACAGCCGAAAAGCGGCGCGGCCACUGGCUGUUGGACUGGUGAGGAGUGCUGUACAUGCUGGGAGUCGAGUGCUGCAGUUUCCUACUCGGCCUGGGUCGCCAUCUGCAACCCGAAGCGAGUUGGAUGCAUCGGGCUGCUCACUUUCUUGGUUGAGUCGUGGCGUGAUUUCGAUCAUCGCGUUCAUUCCUGGCGUUGACCGAUUCUUGUCGCAAAGGCGAGGAUGGCAGCUGCCGAUGCAUCCAGAAGGGAGAAAUGGACACCCGGGACAGAAGUGGUUGGUCGCUUCAACUUCGCCGGGGACACGACCGAUGAUCUGCCCUUCCAGAAAGGAGACAUACUCAUCAUUGUAGCCGCGUCCAAGGAUCCCAACUGGUACAAAGCAAAGCGGCAAGACAACCUAAGUAGGGAAGGCAUGAUCCCUACGACGUAUGUCAUGCAGCGCUCGGCGGUCAAGCUACACGCAAUGCCGUGGUAUCAUGGAAAGAUUUCCCGCGAGGAAGCAGAGCGGUUGCUUCAUCCGCGCAAGGAUGGUCUCUACCUGAUCCGGGAGAGUGUCAACUACCCGGGAGAUUUCACUCUCUGCGUAUGUUUCGAGGGUAACGUCGAACACUAUCGUGUGACGCGUCGCAACAACCAGCUCACUGUUGAUCACGAGGAGUACUUUGAAACCCUAACCAAGCUCGUAGAGCAUUAUCAAGCCGAUGCAGACGGUCUGUGCACGCGGCUUCGCAAGCCACUUGAUAAGCAAGGGCAGUAUGAAUACGAGAGCAACCUAUCAGAAUUCAAGAAAACUGGCUGGGCCAUCGCACGAUCAGAUCUCGUCCUGGGCGAUAAGCUGGGUGGUGGCGAAUUCGGAGAGGUUUUCGCCGGCGACUUCAGAGGGAUGAAGGUGGCCAUCAAGACGUUGAAGGACAAGCAGGCUGUGCAGGCGUUCCUGAAGGAGGCAUCGGUGAUGACGGCCUUGCGACACCCCCACCUGGUCCAGCUCCUGGGCGUGUGCUGCGACGGCGGCGUCGGACAGCCCAUCUACAUUGUCACCGAGUUCCUGGCGAAGGGUUGUCUUGUAGACUAUCUGCGGUCAAGAGGUCGCUCGGUCAUCCGGCAGAAGGAUCAAGCCGAGUUCUCACGUGAUGUGGCGUCGGGGAUGGCAUAUCUGGAGUCCAAAAACCUCGUACACAGAGAUUUAGCAGCCAGAAAUGUUCUGGUGUCAAUCGAGGGCAAGGCAAAGGUGUCUGACUUUGGCUUGGCAAGAGAUGCGACGCACAAUCUCGAAGGAGGGAAAUUCCCUAUCAAGUGGACUGCACCGGAGGCUCUACGGCAUAGUAAAUUCUCUACUAAAUCCGACGUUUGGAGUUACGGCAUUAUGCUCUGGGAGCUGUACUCGUUCGGCCGUGUUCCUUAUCCGAGAGUGCCACUAGCGGAGGUGACACAGCACGUCGAGUCCGGCUAUCGGAUGGAUGCUCCCGACAACUGCCCGCCCGAAGUGUACAGUAUCAUGAAGCGCUGCUGGGACAUUGUGCCGGAGCGGAGACCAGAGUUCUCCGUGCUCUUCACGGAGCUUGCUCAAAUUGCCUCUUCGGCUUGAAGCCUAUUACGGAUCUUGACAACAGCAGUGACUGCUAUCGGAUUUCCCACUGGCUCCCUGUCCCUCUUGUGUGCCCUUUACACUGGCACCUCUCAAAGAAAACAUAUUUUUAUCCAUCUGUUGUGAACAUCGGAUUUGCAGGCUAGCACUCCUUGCAGCUCACACAGACCCAGUUCUAUUUCCUGUGUUUAGGCGUGUAAGUAGGUGUGCGUGUGGGUGUGGUGUGGGUGUGCACGUGUGCAUGUGUUUAUUGUGUGGGGCUCCGCGUCUUUUUCAAGUCGCUUCCGUGCUGCGUCGCUGGUGAAAUUUCCUUUGCUCAUGGCCCGAGAGUAUGGCCAUACUUGUGUGAAAAUGUGAGCAAUUUUAUUUAGGCUAUGUUUGCUGGUGUGCCGCAACACUUCUCAUCUUUGCUGCACACAUUCUUUUCUAAUUUAGGCGCGGUUUUAUGAGGAUUUUUUAAUCGGUGCUCCUUCUUUUUUUAAAUGCUGCGGCUAGCUUCUCCGGUGCUCGGCUUUGUGUUUUAUGUGCCUAUAUCCUUGCAAAUACUCUCUUUGUCGCUUUGUCUUGCUGUGCUUGUGUUGCCACCUUCUCCUGUGUACAGCUCAUCCUGCUUAGGGGUAGCGGAGAUUUUUUUUAAUUAUACGUAACUUAUACAUUCUUUUUUACAGCUUUGGAGGAUGUGUUCAGUUGCGCGUGCCAAUGUUGUCAUGCGCCUUCAGUCUGUACACAAUGUUGAUGCGUAUUGACAAUCUGUGCUUCUUUGUUUGUUGUUGUUUUUUUGCUCCCGACAUGUAUGGUUUUAAUUACGGUGUAUGUACAUGUACAUGCUUUGCUUGACUAUAUUUCACAAAUAUUUUCAUGCUCGGAACAUUUUACUACCAAGAUUACUGAUUACUACAGUACUUGGCAAACGUAA